GAGGCGCGCGGAUGUGGGCGGUGGCGCGGGCGCUGCUUGGCCCGGCGCGGCGGCGGGCGGCAGGGAGGGCUAUGGCGGAGCCCGCGGCCUCCUCAGCCUCCUCCGCGGCGCAUCGGAGGCCUAAGGACGUGCCGAGACACCUGUGGGCCCGCGAGCGGCGGCGCAGCGCGGGCACGGGCCUGGUGGGGCCCAACACCGUCUACGUGCAGGUGGUGGCGGCCGGGAGCCGCGACGCGGGCGCCGCCGUUUACGUCUUCUCCGAGUUCAACCGGUAUCUCUUCAACUGCGGCGAGGGCACGCAGCGCGCCAUGCAGGAGCACAAGUGAGUGGGGACAGCCGGGGGAGGGAGCGGCCCCGGGGCGGCCUCGGCCCCGCUCACCCGCGUCUCGCCCCGCAGGCUGAAGAUCUCCCACCUGGACAGCAUUUUUCUCAGCCGGGUGGCCUGGGCUAACGUCGGGGGGCUGCCAGGUAUGAUUCUCACGUUAAAGGCUAUAGGGCUUCAGAGAUGUGUUUUCCUGGGGCCACCGAAGCUGCAAAACUACUUGAAAGCCAUCCGACUCUUUCCCGGGCCCCUGAAAAGGAUGGAUUUAGCUGUGCAAUUGCACACGGAGCCUGAGUAUAAGGAUGAGACAAUGACAGUCCACCAAAUACCUCUUUUAGGAAAACCUCUAACUGCUGAAAGUACACCACCUCAGAGUCCUGGAGCAUCAACCCAAGAUGGAAAUAGCCCUAAAGGUGACACAGGGCCUGGAUCCCCAAGAGCUGCACAGCGAAACUUGGAGGAGAGCAAGGAAAAAGAAAAUCUCAAGAAAACAGGUGACAAACAGAAGAGUGCAAACAGGCAGCCCGAGGUGGUGAUGGCUUUCCUUUGUAAAAUUCACCCAAAGAAGGGGAAAUUCCUGGCAGCUAAAGCACAGGAGAUGGGCCUGCCAGUGGGAACUCCUGCCAUUCUUCCCAUCAUUACAGCUCUCAAAAAUGGGGAGAGCAUCACUUUUGAAGGCAGAGAGCUCUUCCCCGAAGAACUCUGCACCCCGACUGAUCCUGGCCCAGUGUUCAUUGUGCUGGAGUGUCCUCACGAGGGCUUUGUGGAUGCUGUCUGUGAAAAUGAGACCUUCCGAAGGUACCAGGAAGGGAUUCCUGAAAGCAAGGUGGCCUUGGUUAUUCACAUGACUCCAGAGUCGGUGCUUCGAGACUGCCGAUACCAGCAGUGGCUCGAAAGAUUUGGACCUGGAACUCAGCACUUGGUGCUCAAUGAGAGCUCCUCUGCAGUACACAACCCACGCAGCUACAAGAUCCAAACUCAGCUGAACCUUAUCCACCCUGAGAUCUUCCCUCUGCUCACCACCUACCAGAGCAAGGAAGAAGAGGCCGUGUGUAGCGUGCCCAUUGUGCGUGGAGAGUGCCUCUUGAAGUACCACUUUAGACCCCAACAGGAGUGGCAGAGAGAUGCUGUGACUGUCUGUGAUCACAAUGCAUUUGUAAGUGAAGCCUUGGAUCUCCCUGACUUCCAAACUCGUGUGAAAGAGUGCAAAGAGAACAUGCCUGCGGUACCAGGAAAUGUGGGUGCUUAUCCUGAAAUUGUAUUCUUGGGAACAGGAUCUGCAAUUCCAAUGAAAAUCCGAAAUGUCAGUUCCACGCUGGUAAAUACCAGCUCUACCCGCUCCCUGCUCUUGGAUUGUGGGGAAGGAACGUUUGGACAGCUCUGUCGCCACUAUGGAGAGCAAGUUGACCAAGUGCUGUGUAACAUAGCAGCUGUGUUUGUGUCUCACAUGCAUACCGAUCAUCAUUCGGGGUUGUUGAACAUCCUGAUGGAGAGACGGAGAGCUUUUGCAGCCCUUGGUCAGGCUUUCAGCCCUCUGUUUCUGGUAGCACCUGAACAAAUCAUGCCUUGGCUACACGAGUACCACAACCACUGUGAAGAGAUUCUUGGAGACAUCAAAAUGAUUUCUUCCCAGUCUCUUGUGAAAGGCUGGGAGAACACCAAACUGAAAGCCAAAUGGUUUGUCAGCUCUCUGUUGGAGAGCUAUGACUUGGCUGAGUUUCAGACUUGUGAAGUCCUGCACUGUAGAAACGCUUUUGCAUGUUCAGUGGUCCACAAAUCUGGCUGGAAGAUAGUCUAUUCUGGUGACACAAUGCCCUGCACGGCUUUAGUACAAAUGGGAAAGAAUGCUACCCUGCUGAUCCAUGAAGCAACGCUGGAAGAUGGCAUGGAAAAAGAAGCAAUAGAGAAGACGCACAGCACAACAUCCCAGGCAAUUCGGACUGGAAUGCAAAUGAAUGCAGAGUUCAUCAUGCUCAAUCAUUUCAGUCAGAGAUACGCCAAGAUCCCACUGUUCAGUGAAGACUUCAGCGGGAAGGUUGGAAUUGCAUUCGAUCAUAUGAGGGUACGUUUUGGUGACUUUCCAACCAUCCCAAAGCUGAUCCCGCCUCUGAAGGCUUUGUUUGCAGAUGAUAUAGUAGAAAUGGAGGAGCGGAAGGAAAAACGGGAGAUGCGCCUUCUGAAGGAGGCUGCUAUAGUCUUGGACAAACUGACUGGUGGGGAGAACAAGGAAGCACCAUGCCACAAAAGGAAACAAGCCAAGAACCAACAGGAACUAUCGAACAAAAAGCUCAAAACAGUCAACUGAAAGAAACAAGGCUUGCUCUGCUCUGCAAGAGAUGCCAUGCUCUCUACAGGCCUUGAGAGCGUGCGGUGCUGAGGGCUGCCCACGGACACCGUGGGAGAAGGGGGCUGGCCUCGGCGUCUGAGUUAGCUGGUCAUCAGUGGACCUCCAUGGGCGGAAGCAGCGUGAGUCCUUGUGCCGACAGUAUCUGCCCAUGCGGUUCCUGUUGCUGGGUCUUGCCAGUCUACAUGUCAAUUUUCCUUUAGGCAAAAGUUCUUCCCUCUGAACUGUUUUAAUACUUGGUUUUAUCCUAGAAGCUACUGAUAGUGUUAACAGCAGCAGCUGUGACCUUUGCAAGAUAUCAGGUUUGAGAAGCUGUUGAGAGGCUGUGGGUUUGCCAGAACAGGUCUCAGGUCAUGAAGAAUGUAUCAAGGUAUCAGAACCCAGCUCCCAGGAGAAAAUUCCACAGUAAAAUGGGACCCAAUUUAUUUUUAGGUUAAUUUAGGGAUGCAAACGCUGCUGUUUUCCCAUUUUAUUAUGGUUUUCUCAGCUGAUUUUUUUUUUCCUUAAGAUCAGUUUUCCAAACCCUUUAUUUGGAAUCUGAAUAAACCACUCGGCAUCUUACAGGAGGCUGUGUUUU